UGAUAGCCCAAAAUUGAGAAUCCUAAAUCUAGAACGCCUACCAUCUCACAUCAAGAACACAGCUCUCACCAAGACGUGCUCACCCUCACAGCCAUUCUUCCUCAACCAGCCGUCGCUCAGAGCCAGCCGCCGCUCAGGGCCAUUCGUCAGAAGCCACCAUCGAUGUCCACUCCACUCACAGUUCGCAAGCACAUUCUGGUUGCUUAAAGUGUUCCAUCACCUUCUUCAAAGCAGAACGGUGUGCAAGAGCAAGCUUUAGCUAUAUUGGAGAGGAACGGUGUCAGGGUUGUUGAAGGAUAGUCGCUGUUGAAAGCUUUGAAAGCUUUGCUGCACUCCACCGAAUUGUUAAAGACUCUUCCACGUGGUUGAAGGAUUUGAGAACACUUCUUGCUGUAAAAAAAGACAAAUCUGCAAAAGAUGCAAAUUGGUACAUGAUUAGGGUUUUAGUUUCAUUUCCUUAGUUAAAACCCCAGAAAAAGAGACGGUAAAAAACCCUACACCCGCCAUGGCACGCUUGUCCCGGUCCUCCGCACCGCGCCUCCUUUACGCGCUCUGCUCCACCUCGUCGCGGUCCCCAGCAGCGUUCCUCCUGGGCGGUUCCUUCCAGCUCCGGCAGUUUUCGGCUGGUAACGCUGCGCGUUCGAAGUUGGAGAAGGAUCCAUGGUGGAAAGAGUCGAUGGAGCGGCUCCGCAACAUCGGUAUCUCGGCGCACAUCGACUCCGGGAAGACGACGCUGACGGAACGGGUUCUUUACUACACGGGUCGGAUCCACGAGAUCCACGAGGUUAGGGGCAGGGACGGCGUUGGUGCCAAAAUGGACUCUAUGGACUUGGAGAGGGAGAAGGGAAUCACAAUUCAGUCUGCUGCCACAUACUGCACUUGGAAGGACUAUAAGAUUAACAUUAUUGACACACCUGGUCAUGUUGAUUUUACCAUUGAGGUUGAGAGGGCUUUGCGUGUCCUUGAUGGUGCCAUUCUCGUUCUUUGUAGUGUUGGUGGGGUGCAAAGUCAGUCCAUUACUGUUGAUCGGCAAAUGAGAAGAUAUGAUGUUCCAAGACUUGCAUUUAUCAAUAAACUUGAUCGGAUGGGAGCAGAUCCAUGGAAAGUGUUAAAUCAGGCUAGAUCUAAGCUUCGACAUCAUAGUGCUGCAAUGCAAGUUCCAAUAGGUUUGGAAGAAAAUUUUAAGGGACUUGUUGAUCUUGUGCAGUUAAAGGCCUACUAUUUUCAUGGUUCAAGUGGUGAAAAAGUGGUCUCUGAAGAUGUGCCUGCAGAUAUGGAAGCAUUAGUGGCAGAAAAAAGACGUGAACUUAUAGAAACUGUUUCAGAAGUUGACGAUAAACUUGCUGAAGCUUUUCUUGGCGAUGAGACCAUAUCAGCUGCUGAUCUUGAGGAAGCAGUUCGUAGGGCUACCAUAGCACAGAAAUUUAUACCAGUAUUCAUGGGUAGUGCUUUCAAAAACAAGGGGGUGCAGCCACUUCUGGAUGGUGUGCUUAGCUAUUUGCCAUGUCCAAUUGAAGUUAGUAAUUAUGCUCUUGACCAAACUAAGAAUGAAGAGAAGGUUGAGUUGCCUGGAAGUCCCGAUGGGCCACUUGUGGCAUUGGCUUUCAAGUUGGAGGAAGGGCGGUUUGGUCAGUUAACAUAUCUAAGAAUAUAUGAGGGUGUAAUUCGGAAGGGUGAUUUUAUUGUUAAUGUAAACACAGGCAAGAAGAUCAAGGUUCCACGCUUGGUUAGGAUGCAUUCCGAUGAGAUGGAGGACAUUCAAGAGGCUCAUGCUGGGCAAAUAGUUGCUGUAUUUGGUGUUGAUUGUGCAUCAGGAGAUACUUUUACUGAUGGUUCAGUUAAGUAUACAAUGACUUCCAUGAAUGUUCCUGAGCCAGUGAUGUCGUUAGCUGUUCAGCCAGUCUCUAAAGAUUCCGGAGGACAAUUUUCAAAAGCUUUGAACCGCUUCCAGAAGGAAGAUCCUACAUUUCGUGUUGGCUUGGACCCGGAGAGUGGGCAGACAAUCAUUUCUGGGAUGGGAGAAUUGCAUUUAGAUAUCUAUGUUGAACGCAUCAGGAGAGAGUAUAAGGUUGAUGCUUCAGUUGGAAAGCCCCGUGUUAACUUCAGAGAAACUGUUACUCAACGGGCCGAUUUUGACUAUCUGCAUAAGAAGCAAAGUGGAGGGCAAGGUCAAUAUGGACGGGUAAUUGGGUAUAUUGAACCACUUCCUGCAGGGUCAUCAACUAAGUUUGAAUUUGAAAACUUGCUUGUUGGGCAAGCUAUUCCAUCAAAUUUUAUCCCCGCAAUUGAGAAGGGUUUCAAAGAAGCUGCCAAUUCGGGUGCCUUAAUUGGACAUCCAGUUGAAAAUCUCCGAGUUGUCUUGAUAGAUGGUGCCGCUCAUGCUGUUGAUUCCAGUGAACUUGCAUUUAAGAUGGCUUCUAUCUAUGCUUUUAGACAGUGUUAUGCAGCUUCCAGACCGGUUAUAUUAGAACCUGUUAUGCUUGUUGAGCUGAAAGUACCAACAGAAUUUCAGGGAGUCGUUGCUGGUGACAUCAACAAGAGGAAAGGUGUGAUUGUUGGAAAUGAUCAGGAAGGAGAUGAUUCUGUCAUCAUUGCUCAUGUCCCUCUUAACAAUAUGUUUGGGUACUCGACAGCUCUUCGUUCAAUGACACAGGGUAAAGGUGAAUUCACAAUGGAGUACAAGGAACAUUCACCAGUUUCUCAUGAUGUACAGACGCAAUUGAUAAACACGUACAAUGGCAGCAAGGCAGCUGAAUAACCAGCUUUAGUCGAUGUGCACGGUCAAAAUAUUUAUGACAACAUUUAUCCUAAAAGGUGGACAAUAAUAUAGAUAACAUUUGUUUCAUUUUAUUUGGCUCAACCAAUUUUGGAAUGCAAAUAAAAGUUGCUGUAAUUGUGAUCGGGUAGGUUAAAUGGUAGCUUCAAUAUACAAGUUACACAAGAUCGUAUUUGUAGAUGAAGAUGCUCGUAUUUGAGCUAUUAGACAUGUAACUUUAUGUUCAUUACCGCACUUCCAUCCAUUCCCGAAUUUUGUAUCUACUGAUUUGGUUUUAGGGAAGGUAGGUUUGUUGAUUGAUGGGUUAGAGGGGAACGGGACAAGUGGGGUUGGGAUCCCAGAAAAGCCCUUUUACCAGUGAUUUUUUUAGAGCCUGGAUUUUAAUUUUAUUUUUAAUGUUUAAGAAGUUC